AUGGCCUCGACGCGGCCAAAGCUCCACCACGUUGAUAGGCACAUAGAGUUGAUGUUCAGACCCUCAGUACGAGCUUUUGGAGUUGCGAAGUUGAAGACCCGGAUCGUUACCAACGACAAUGAUUUCAACGAUGCUUUGAGUGCAAAAAUUGGAAUCACGGGUGGUGGCUUUUCUGGUCCGAUGACCGGUCCUCUCUUCGAAUGGUUCGGAAUGUAUAACGGCGCAUCCAUGAACAGACAAGCACGUUGGGCGGACGGAUUCGCGGCCAAAUAUCUGAAUGGCGCAAAACCUAAAGACUAUCAGGAUCAGGAGAUGGGCGGCAUGAAAUUUCUCCUCAACGUAACAUACGCCGACACAAACGAGUGA